UGAGUUGAGCCGGAGAGCAGAAAAGAGAGAGAGAACACAACAAAUUGUGGAAUCGGAAUCCCUAAAUCCCGAAAUCCCCGUCCUGAGGCGCAAUUUCCCGCAGCAAGGACAUGGCCAGCAGCAAGGAGUUGUGCUCCAUCCGGGAGUGGGCGCCACUGACGGAGGUCAUCGACCACAUUCCGGCUCGGCUGCAGCGCGGUUUCUUUCCGGCGAAUCUCAACCUGACCUGCGUGGACGCCACCGAGGAGUUCCUGGCCGUGGGCAGCGACGCGGGCAUCGUGUUCUGGUACAACCGCCACACGGGCGAGAUGCAGAAGCUCAAGGCGGAGGUGGCCACUCGCAUUACGUGCGUGCGGAUUGUCAACUCCGUGGAGUUCAUGGUGGCGGCUGGGUGCGCCAACGGGCAGGUGAGCAUCUUCCAGAUACAGAAGGAGCUGCCACGGGACCUCGACUUGGUGGCCCCCUGCACCCGUAGUCGGCCCAUCGAGCGCUACACCAUUCGGGAUCUGCACAAGUGCGUGGUCAGCUGCUGCGAGUGGUCCAAGAACGGCAUGAAGCUCUACUCCGGCGAUCGUCAGGGAGUCGUGGUGCUUACGGAGUUCGACUACCAGGCGCACCUCAGCAAGUCCGUGGAGAUCUUGAGCGAGGCCUAUGAAAUCGUGCAGCUCAGCGUGCAGCAGAGCCACCUACUAGUAGCCACUCUUUACCGCUGCAUCGUGUGCCAGCUCGACGUCCAUACUGCGCAGUGGAACAUCACCCAGGUGGGCAAGAAGGAUCGCAAGCAGCUCAUCGACUGUGGCGCCGUCUUUCUCAAGAAACAGUCUGCAAAUAAGCCACAACUCGUCUGCGGUCGACCUGGCUUACGUUUCUGGGUGGCCGACUCUGAGGGCAAUGUGUCCAAGACGGUGCUCUUCAGGGAUGCCGUACUGCGCAGCCCCACCUGGGAGAUACCCAUCCUGAAUCCUAAGCAGCGCCCUGAGCCCACCAGCAGUCAACCUCCGGCUUCAGCUGGGGAUUCUGGAAUGCAGGACGGCGAAGUGGGACACGUGGCCAGCAGCAACUUUAGGCAGCUGUACCUGUAUGAUAGUCAUGACUCGCUGCUGGUUACACACGACGAUGCCACCUUGUACAUACUUAACUUAGAUCGACUCAAAGUGGAGGCCGUGGCGCGUGGAUUCCGAAAAAUUCUCGAUUUCUGUGUCUGUGGCAAAGAGAUCUUCGUGCUGGAGGGAGAACGUACAUUGCUGCGCCUGGCUCCGCUGCCCGAGCCACCGAAUAAGACCGUCAAGGUGAUCUUCAAUCCUCUGAUGCCGCCUCCUGUUCCGGUUCUGGGAUCCUCGCACUACUCGCGGCUGGAGUCACCGUUGGAGCUGCAGGCGGAGCCCGUGCUGCAGAGAGCCGAAGAGUGUUUCGAGCAGUCGCCGGUGGAGCAGCUAGACCUCAAUGUGCCGAUUGAACUGGCCGUGGAGUCGCCUUUGGCUCACCAGAACCGCCGUUUGGAAAUCUUCAGUCGCAUCGGUCAAAUGGACUUCGAGCAGUCCAUCGUCCACACCACCCGAAAGACAUCGGUGGGCAAACCGCCAGUGUCAAGCGACAGUGGCUCGGGGAUUGUUGAGAUUGGUCAAGAGACCCAUGAGCUUCGGUUACCGCUCACCAAUGCCGCCACACUAAUGGAGGCCAGCUACUGUCAGUUGGAAAACAAUGGCUUGGCCUCUCCGCUGGACAUGAAGGCGGCCUUUCUCCAGCUUCUGCCCGAUGCUUUAAGUCCCACUACUCUGCAGAAGACUGUUGCGGAAAAGGCCAAGACACUGGCUGCCGAACUGGAUCUACCCGAGGUGCAUCUGGCCCCGCCAUCUGAAGAGGAUCUGCAUGCUGCCCAGGCGCUGGCACCCCAACUAAGCGAAUCGCUGAUCAGGUGUUAUCCCACGCACCUCGAAGAGGCCAGUGUCCAAACGACCUCUCCGGAAAAGUCACUUAAGAGAGCAGACCUUUAUCUUGCGGGUCAGCCAGUGGAUGGGAUUAGGGCAGUAGCUCCCUCGAAGCCCAAAAUGGCUCCGCUUAAGUUCGUCAAGAGCCAGCCAAGGCCGCAGCUGACUUUGGAGAAAGAUGGAGAUGAGGAGGAGUAUUCAAGCUUCCUGCCCGACUUUCGCCGAGCUGGGGACCCACUGAGCAAGGAAACACCAGCUACCAGUGACUCAAACACCUCCAGCGAGUGGGAAUUCCUGGACAACUAGUUCAGUAUUAGAAAUAAGUGCAUACUCUCAUUUGCUCUCAUUUUGAUUUUCCGCACCUUUUUUUUCGUUUGUCUUCGUUUUCUUCGAAGAAGUGUUGUGCUUAUCAUAUUGUGAUCACCGUGAUUUACUCCCUAUUUUAAGUUAAUCUAACACAAUUGUACAUAAUUUUAAGACGUAGGCGAAAGGCAUUUCCUGAAAAAACACGAAUCUGUAUUUGAAGUUCGAAAGACACCAAACCAUUCCUUGAAACCCAAAAAUUCUAGAGUAGUUAGCACCAUAGAAUCGAAACCGAUUUAUCAUUGUACUAUAUGUUUAUUUAGAUAUUCGAAUGCUUUAAGUAUUUGCUACCUAAGUUCAAGGUCGCUUUACAUCCACAAAAUACAAUUAUUUUAUACAAGUGCAAA